AUGCUACACCCUGAGCGUCGCAAAGAAGAUGGUAUUGACCGACGUGGAACUAAGCGUCGUCAAUCUAAUCCGGACCGCUCCGGCCCACACCCAGGACAGGCUCUGGAGGGGCAACAACAGGCACGUCUAGAGGUUCUCCACCCUGUUUCCGCUAACGACAAGCAGUCAUCAACGGCACACAGAGAUGAACAUGUCCAUUCAGGAAACGACAUUGUUUUCGAGGGUGAGACCAAGGGAGUUCCCGACCUGCGUGCGGACCGGAGUCAGACCACUACUGGUGAAUAUGUAGCCAGUAAUGGUCUGUCCACCCGUUCGUCUUCGGGUACUUCAGGGGCCUUAUCCUCCAGCAAUGACCAACCGCGCCUUCCACCUAACAAACGUAGACGCUACCGUCAUCGCUUCAACAACAAAGACACGGUAAGAGACCGAUCAUCCGCUCAGAAACUUGCCGAGCUAAUGGCGCAACAGCAGUCACUUUUAGAGAAGUAUGAACAGAGGUUACAGCGCACAACGGCCGAGCGGCCUACAACACGGUUGGCUGCCACUGAGACAGCUACUGGCACACACGAACGGGUGCAUACGUCGCUAGGAAGUGAGGACAACCUUACAUUCCGUAUUCAAGGUCAUACACGUCCGCGCCAUGGACUCGGGUACGAAUCACCUGGGUCAGAGGAACGGUCGACCGAGGGGGGGGAGACUCUGUCUUAUAUUGAGGACACAUCAUAUUUCCAGGAGUUCGCACGGGAACAGGUAUUAGCCAAGCAGAACCCUCACGUGAGCGAGGCGCUGAAGAACAUGCAGGAUCGAUUAAUUACGAACUUUCGCCAACAACAGCGACGACAGUCGUUAGAGAAGGAAGUAGCCAGUGAGUAUGUGCAGACACCCAAGCCGCAGGAGAUGGAUAUACCUAUGCCUCCGCCCACACCGGCUAGUAUAGAGAAAAACCGACAAGCACUACAUGCACGGAUACUACAUUUGAACGAUGAACUAUGCCAAGCAAUCGAGGAUAAUAAUACGGCUCGUGCUGAGGCUCUUAGGGGUGCGAUCGAAACGCUUCGAGCUACGCUAGAGUCCCGUUCAGUGGAAAAGCGUCCUGUACUAUCACCACGUACAUGGCCCGAUUGGUCUUCGAAUAAAUACCACCUACACGACAUCAUGGAACAGGAUACGAGAGGGGCUCUCCUUGAGGUGUUUAAGAACGCGCAAAUCGCAGGAUUAGAUGAUAGUUGGAGCCUUACAUGGUUCCACAAGGUAUUAUCCUACUUUAAGGCGGAGAAGUCAACAUUGGAUUACAUACGCGACAACUCGGAACGAUUGAAGAUGUGGACGCCACAACUACAAAUCGAACAGAUCUGCCCGCAUGAGACACAAGCCACUGUCGAUCCCGCGUUUUGUAAGUGGCUAAGGGCCACAGUCGGAACAUGCAUACCCCUAUCAUGGAACAAAUGA